UCAGAUUCGCUCAGCUGGCUAUGCAUUCACCGGCAGCUAGGGCCUUGGGUGGUAGCAGGAUGCUCGGAGAGCUUGGAGACGGUGAAUCAGCCGCAGAGGGUAUUCCUCAACAGCUUGCUCAUGACUUGAUUCACCUCAUGGCCCACGAGAAAAUGGUGGUGGAAACACAGCACAUCCUCUCACGAUGCCAUAGCGACGACGCCAUUGUUGUCGUUGGCAGCGACGUCAAGUUGCGGUUGGACAUCCUCGCCAUCGACGAAGAGCUCGAAAAUGCCUUGCUCAAUCAUGACCAGAAGGACCCAUCGAAGCCCUUUGAGCGCCUUCUUGAACGGUUUGAUAUCCUCCACAAGAGCCUGGCGAACACCGACAGUGCGAUCAUCACGGAAAGGUGGCCUCAGAUGAGAGCUGCUCUUGUGCGACAGGCUGCGCUCUCCUGUUUCCUAGCCCAACAAAGGAAUCACGCUGGGCCAGAGCCUUUUGACUGGGGCAACGUCUGUACGAAGGCGUACUUCAAGGUCAUAGACCGACUCAUUCCACGAGUGGAUUUUGAUCUAGACGCGCUUGACGAUGAAGAGCAAAUGUCCGCAUCGAAGGAGAGGCGGAACCUAACUGACGUGUUCAAGGAGAAGCACCGCAGCGUAAGCAGCAUCAAGCUUCGCACAUUGCUCAAGGAGAACAAGCUUGGUACCUUCGAGAAGGACAUGAAAGCGUUUACGCGAGCAUUGGAUCAAGCGCUGCUUCCGAGGCCGAAACUCCUCACGAUGUACAGCAACGAAGACUCCGAUAUGAGUGUGGUGGACAUGACGGAUGGCCGUCAAGAUGGACUCCAGGGCUCCGCUAGCAAGCCUCCAAUGAGAAGUCCAGCGAGAAGUCCGGUGAAGCGGUCGGCGAAGAGGAAGGCGGUCUCCCCGAUGCCAGCUACCGUAGAGACACCGCCUACUGCCCAAGCAUUGGCGAAGGCCAACGAGGGCCUCCAGCAAGAACUUAAUGGCCACCGGCCCGGCACGGUGUCCGAAGCGCUCGCUAUCAGCGAACGCUUACCCCCGACAAGCAGCCCAGCGGCCAAGCGUGCAGCCGUCGAGGACAACAGUGGCGGGCCAGCUGAUAAGAGGCCUGGAAGAGCCCCUUCGAGGAGGAGCGGAAAAUCUCUCACUAGGAGGGAAUCUCGGGGCGAACAGGUGGACUUCGACGAUUCGCAGAGCGUAGAUGAGCCCCAGGAUACGAGGGCUGCCCUUGGCGAUCGCCCAUCGCCGGCCAAAGCGGCGGCGCUUCCCUCCGCCUCUGGCAAGGUAAAGGCCAAGAAAAGAAGCGGGCCCAGGAUUCGCCACCCUUGGACAGAAGAAGAAGUGAAGCAUCUCAAAGCUGCGGUAUUGGCGCUGGGAAGAGGCAAGUGGGCCCUGGCUUUGGCCCAAUACAAAUUCCAGGAUUGCCGUACUGCGGUAGACCUGAAGGACAAAUGGCGCAACCUCACCAAGGACUGAGCCGACAUGGCCGUACGUUUUUUCUCGUUUGUAUCCACGUGAAGUUCGGCAAAGCCAGUACACGUCAACGCCGGAUGUGUUCAACACAUGACUGAUUCUGUACUGGUGUCGUUCUUUUGAGUCUCACAAAUGGUAAGCACUUCUUCCAUAGCGCACCAGCCCCGCACCAUCUGUGUUGUGCUUCAGGCAUGUAGAAAUAUAUUUAUCCUUGCUUGUUUCCGUUGGGGAGUACUUGUUUAGAAGAUGCCUGUAUAACAAUGGCUGUCGGCGGAGAUCAGUCUUGUUCUAGACUCGCGCAGUUAGGUUGUUGCACCCGUACAAAUAAGAUUUGAACGUCUCGCCACUGCUGUGGUUAUGUUGUCCGAAGACGAUUGGGUGCGCCGGAGUUACAGUUCCAUGGGGCGCUCCAAGCAGCUGACCCGGGUCCUCCUCUCUUUUUGUAAGCUGCGUGUAUCGGCUCUCGUUGCUUUCCAAGCAACUUCUCUGCAUUACUACAGAACUCCGUGUGAAAUCGUGUUCCUGCUAUAUCUCCUU